UUAGUAAAAAGAAAAAAAGAGAAAAGAAAGCAACGCUCGAAGCUUCUGAGCCAGUCACUUGCAUAGGUAACGGCGAGCAGAUGCAACGAACAACUGACGGUAGCAGCGGUGGCUCUGGUGGCGGUGGAGGUGCUGAACUUAGUCAGGGUGGACUAGCCCGUUUUCGCUCAGCUCCGGCCACCUGGCUCGAAGCGCUUCUUGAAGACGAAUUAGAGCAGCCUAGCCAGGGUUUGACACAGUUACUUGUCGCGAAUUCCCCCGCAAUAGAGAGGGAAUCGUUCGCCUACGCUUCCUCUGCUGACACUGGUGGCUUCUUCCAUGCGGGCCCGUCGUCCAGCUUGCCCAGGCAAAAUAGUUCUCCGGCCGAUUUUCUUGUUAAGCGGGAGGAGUAUUAUUCGAACUAUGGAAUCUCAUCCGACUACGAGUCUGUGCCGCCGAGUUUGGAAACUUCUUCCGCCGCGAAACGGUUUAGGGAGGUCCAGUUGCAGAAUCCAUCUUUGAAAGGAGAGCAGAGUGGUCAGAUACCCGGUGGAGCAUCUAGUUUGAUAGAUGCAGAGAUGGAAAAGCUCCUGGAGGAUUCAGUGCCUUGCAAGAUUCGUGCAAAGCGUGGCUUUGCUACGCAUCCUCGUAGCAUUGCAGAGAGGGUUCGCAGAACUCGAAUAAGUGACCGUAUAAGAAAGCUUCAGGAUCUUGUUCCCAACAUGGAUAAGCAAACAAGUACUGCAGAUAUGUUAGAGGAAGCAGUAGAGUAUGUUAAGUUUCUGCAGAGACAGAUUCAGGAACUUACCGAACAUCGAAGCAAAUGCACAUGCAUGGCUAAAGAUUAGGUGGGAGAAGACUUUAAUGCCUGCAAACUGGUAUACAUGACUAAGUAUAUGAUUUCGUUUGAUAUCUUCCAAGUCCUUGGCUGAUGUCAUUUUAUUUGCAAUAACCCAACUUCUAGUACAAGCUUUAUAGCUCCUAUUAUUCUGAACUACAUAGAUGGUGGGUUGCCGUGAAGGUACUGUUACGUUGAUUUGUGCCAGAUCAAGGCCUUAUUGCUUCAUGUUGGAACUGCUCCCUGAUAUUAGUUAGUGUGGUGGUUGUAAAAAUUGUACACAAUAAUAUAUCUUUAUAAAGUGCUACUCUAAUAAAAGCUGGUUAUUCAUGAUAUUUGUUUCCCAUAUCUUCAAUUAUGUAUUUGAUGAAACCUUAUUUACAUUCAAGAAGCUAUUGGAUUAAUAAAAUUAAUUUUCUACAAA